UGCCGUUUCCACCCAGAGAUAAAACGUCAGCGUCAGGGUUGAAAGGGAAAAGGUCGUCUGAAACAUGGCUGCCCCCGUUGAUGACAUGUUUUCCUUCUGCGUGGACCCCGGCAAAGUUGCCGCCUGCGUGGAAGUCCGAUUUAUAGACAAUAAGAAGGGCAAAGGUCUCUUUGCCAAAAGGGGCAUCAAGAAGGGAGACACCAUUUUCUUUGAGCGGCCUCUGGUCUCUGCUCAGUUCCUGUGGAAUUCUUUGUAUAAAUAUAAAGCCUGUGAGUACUGCUUACGAGCUCUGGAGACCGCAGAGGAGAAUGCGAGGAGACUCAGUGGCAUCCCCGGACUCAGCCUUCCUCACCCUGAGCUCUGCAGUGUUCGACCAGAGCUGCACAAAGCCUGCCCUCAGUGCCAGUGUGUUCUAACAGAAGCCGGUCUCCCUCUGCAGGUGAUGUACUGUAGCAGCGAGUGUCGACAAGCUGCAGCAGAUCAGUAUCACCGAGCUCUGUGUUUGGGUCCCUCCCAGGAAGAUCCGGACCAUCCCAUCAACAAGCUUAAAGAUGCAUGGAGGAGUAUGCAUUAUCCCCCGGAGACCUCCAGCAUCAUGCUUAUGGCCAGAAUGGUAGCUGUGGUCAAACAGGCCAAAGACAAAGCACACUGGCAGAAGCUUUUUUCUCACUUCUGCAGCCGGGCAGCUAAUGAAGAAGAGGAGAUCGCCCAUAAGCUCCUGGGAGAGCAGUUCAGAGGGCAGUUGGCCUUGUUACACAGCCUUUUCAAAGCAGCACUUUCUGAUGAUCAUCUUAGUCGGUGGUUUGCCCCCGAGGGUUUCCGCUCUCUGUUCGCUCUCGUGGGAACCAACGGACAAGGCAUUGGCACCAGUUCCUUGAGUAAGUGGGUUCAUGCCUGUGAUGCACUUGAGCUUCCUGCCCAGCAGAGGGAGCAGUUGGAUUCUUUUAUCGACCAGCUAUACAAGGACAUUGAGAAAGAAACGGGAGACUUUCUAAACUGUGAGGGCUCUGGACUUUUUCUGCUUCAAAGCUCAUGUAACCACAGCUGCAUACCCAACGCAGAGGCAUCCUUCCCCGACAACAAUUUCCUGCUUCAGCUCAGUGCCCUUAGUGACAUCAACCCAGGAGAGGAGAUCUGCAUCAGUUAUUUGGACUGCUGUCAGCGGGACCGAAGCCGUCAUAGCAGACACAAAAUUCUGAGGGAGAACUACCUAUUUGUCUGUUCAUGUCCAAAGUGCAUCUCCCAGAUGGAUGAGCUGGAUGUGACAUCAGAGGAGGAAGAGGAAGAAGAAGGCGAGGCAGAAGGUGAAACGGAGGGGGAUGAGAUGGAAGAUGAGAUGACAGAUGUCUGAUAAAAGACUUGCCCAUAUUGUUCUCAGCCGUUCUGCCACCACGCUAAGCAACCAUGAAGCCCGGGAGAAUAAAAAAAACAGUCCAAACGUGUGGAAAAAUGUUAUCAACACAUUUCUACAGCAGCCCUCAGAGGCAAGUGAGAGGGGAAAAAAUUUUAGCAAUCCAUUUUUAAAGUCAGAUCGAAAUAGUUUUCUCUCCUCAUCUGGCAGUAGGGCUUAGAUUAUAAUUUUUUUCCCACCUCUUCUUAAGUCAUAAACACAGGAAAGAACUAAAUUUAGACCAGACUUAUGAAAUGGAUCACCAGAAUUUCUUUUCUCACUUGCCUUCUAUACAUUUAAAUCAUUCUGUGUCCAGUUUUAGAGAUCAGCAACAGGAAGCUUUUCCUUAAAUGAGUUACACGUGUGUGAAGUGUGUCAGUAUUAGGAUACACUACAGGGACAUGUUGUGUUUUGAUUUUAUUUUUUUUUAUUGUUUUCACUCUACUUCAGCACGCUGGGGGUUUUAAAUAAAACGAAGACUAUGACUUCCAA